GACUGAGCCAAGACUGCUGCACAGAGCCCAUUCAGUGAGCCAACAGGAGAUCCUCCAUACGCCACUUCGCCGAGCCUCUCACCCUUUCUCUUUGACCCCUUCACGCACUAUGACCUCAGAGCUAGAGAGCAGCCUUACCUCAAUGGACUGGCUUCCCCAGCUCAGCAUGAGGGCGGCCAUCCAGAAGGCAGAUGUGGGACAUCACCAUGGUCACCUAGGCUACCACCGUCACCACAUGCUCCAUCAUGGGCACGGACCUGGCAAGAAAAUGGUACAUUUGGAUCCGGGAACCACGCUGGACCAAGAAGAGGCAGCGCUGCACAGAGACGGGAAACCCCCUUACAGCUACGCCAGCCUCAUCACCUUCGCCAUCAAUGGAUCGCCGCGCAAACGGAUGACCCUCAGUGAGAUCUACCAGUGGAUCUGCGACAACUUCCCCUACUACAGAGAGGCAGGCAGCGGCUGGAAGGUAAGAACAAACAGAAAUGAUGAACUAUGCUGGAACUGCAAGCUUAAGGGGGAUUUUUGUGCCUGGCAUGUUGCUUUGGUUUAACGUCGAGUCAUCUUUAGCUGAUGAUACUGUGAAUUGAAGUCAAGGUGGCCAUGAAUUAAUUCCACCUGUAGAGUUUUGUUUGAAUGUAGCAGUUUUCAGAUUUAAGUCUAUAUUCUCAGUAUUCCUGAUCAACUGGCUUUCUAAACCAGUUAUUGUUGUAAAUAGUAAAAUAAUAAUAGGAAACUAUUUGUCAAUUUUCACUUCAGCAAUCUGUGCCUAAAGACCAGUAUUUAUAUCCUUUUGAAUGACAGAAAAACACAUCCUGAGUAAAACGCAAGAGCUUUUGCCCCUUGGACCUUCUGUAGACUGAAGGCUACGUAAAUAAUUUAAAUUAGAACAUUUUAUAUGAUUAGGAAGAAGAGCAUCUGCAGGCAUUUAAGAAAACGUAAAAAUGCAGAUAAUUUGCAUAAUCAGUUGCAGAGAUUUUUGAUCGAACGAUUAAUAAGCUUGAAUAUAAUAUUGAGAAUACAAAUGAAGUUUUAUAGGUCUAACAGAUGCAUGUGUGGGAAGUUGACACUUGUUCUAGAUACAGAAUAAAACUUUAAUCUUGCAAUGUUGAUCUUUCUGUGACCUAUGUGUUUAUUUUACAGGUGUGGUUCACAAAAAAAAAACAUUUAUUUAGUAUUUCUGAUUAUAAUCGUUCACUGUGAGUUUAACAUUCAGGCGGAACAUGAAACCUCCUACACCUCUCUCCUGCAUUAGCUUCUGAGAUAAAACAGAUGGUGAAAAUCUAGGAUUAGAAAAGCCUGACAGAUCUACGUCGCUUAACUUUCAUGGACUCACCCAUCUUGACUCACGACGGGGAAGGCUGUUGUUGUUUUAGCGUCCAGGAAACAGCAGGCAACGUACAGACUAGUAAACCCAACGGUUAGCAUUAGCAACACCACCACACAGAGAUACAACUCCAGGCUUGUGUUUUAUUUGUGGAGAUGAAACAUCCAAGUUGCAAGUCAGCAGUACAGUUGCAUUGCUUUUAUUCAAUCUGAGGCGAGAUGUCAAAAAAUCUGGAAAUAAGACACCAAAACCUCCCGUCUGCUCCCGCUCUCUGCUGCAACGCACUUGUCCCUGCUGAUCCAAGCAAUUCUGGGCUUUUUUUCUUGCCCUGAUUCCAGCUUGCAAGGCAUUCAUUCCUACCAGAGACCACUGCAAAUGUACAGAUUAAAACAUGUUUCCUACACCUUUAAGCAUUUUUACUGAUAGUCAUUAACUGUCUCAGCAAGAUGCCUCAAUAAAUGCUUUUUAUCUCUUAUCAAGUUAAAUGUUUCAAGUUCUGAUUAACAUUUACGUGUCAGUAAUGUCAUAAUGUGGUUUGCAAAAUGCCAGUUGCAGUAACUAUACUCAGUGGGACUCCACAGGUUUACCUACUAUUGUUUAGUACACCACUUUAUAUGCCUUUUUCUCCCACAUGAGCUCAAUUAACAACAAAAACCCCUCUGCUGAACAUUCAUUAGAACACAGCAGAAAUAAACAGAGAAGACGCUAAAGUCCCUGGAUGAAAUAAGAGUUUAAACAACCACACAGUUUACUGUAAGUGCAAGGCAGAGCACAUUUAUUUAUGUGGCACAACUCGGCUAUAAAGUUUUACAUAAAACAGAAAACAGAUUAAUUGCGCAAUCGGUGAUGCAUAAAAUAAAUUGAAAUACAGAAAAUAAGAAAACCAAACUAGUAAAUGAUGAAGAGCAGUGAAAGUUCAGCCUUCAGUUUAAUUCAAUCAAACUCUGUGGCAAACAGGAAAGUCUUAAGACUGAAUUAAAAAAAGAAGAGUGUUCGAAGUGCAGGUCUUGGGGAGUUUGUUUCAUAUUUUAUUUAUAUUUAGCAUUUAAAGCUGACUUGUUUCUGAUUAUUUAAAAUUCCAGGAAGAUUCUUUAAUGCAUGCUGAAGUUAAACCGUUCCGAUUCCUGGUCAGUUGGUCUCUCAACGCGAUUGACAAAAUGUUUUCAACGAUGAGAACGGGAGAAGGGGCUCCCGGUUGCCCCUCUGGGACAGGUCCAGUUGGGCGUAUCAUGGACUCCUGAAACAGUGGAACCUGAUCUGCCUCUCUCAACUGUAUGUAGAGGAUUCUGAAGAUGCCUGAAUAUUUGUGGUGUUGGUGUCAGGUUUGGUGCUGUUUGGCCUGAGCGGUUACCUGGCUUAACGGAAAAUUAAUGAGCUGUCGAGGAAUAUUGGCUCAAUCCCGGAGGUCAGGGAUGGAUUACACCGCGCCGUGAAUGCACAAACUCAUAUAAUUGUCGAGAUGAGUCGUAAGCUUGGAACUUUGGCUGAGAUUCAGACUCUGGCACAGAAGGUUGAUGCCAUCAAGGAUAGAGUUGACGGAUUGGGAUAGAUCAAUUUACGCCAUUAUUGGAUUCUGAGGGGUUGGAGAUCAACAGAACUUUAAGACAGAGAGGAAAUUAUCUCUGUCUGGCCCCAAAACAAGUUCUUAUCUGAAUCUGGUGCCCUUGAGCCUGUGAGGCUGAAGUGAUUACUCCCCCUCAGAAGAAAUGUGGAAUGCUGCCGUCGCCAUGGUGACUCUGUCUCCCUAUCCCAGCCUGGGCGGGACUGCGACCGGUGAAGGCCAUUGAAUCGUUCCAGGAGUCACUGUGCUCUCUAACCCAAAUACCUCCUUCCCCUGUCCAAACGGAGGUGAUGAGCGCUUCUCAUUGCGGCUGCCUGCACUGAUGUGUGGAGAGUCCCCAACCCUACCUCCCCACCUAGAGGACACUUAUGCUGUGUGAUGUCUGAAGUCUGUUGCAUUUCUGUCUGAGGUGUUUUUUGCAUAGCAAAGCUGCCCUCCCUGUGGAGUGUAACUCUGAAGUGCCUUUUUUUUCCUCCACCUGACCCAAUCCUCAUGUAACCCCUCUGAUCUCUGUUAAGGUAGCACGACUCAGGUUGCAAAUGACCACAGUCACCAAUUCUUGUCAUGUGUCUAUGCCUAUGUAUGCAUGUCUGAUCUCAGAAUAGUGUGUACUGAAACUCUAAAUUCCCUCUGGGAUUAAUAAAGAAUCUUUGAAUUGAAUUGAAUUAUUAUUUUUAACAAUAGGAUUUUAAAAUCCUCUCUCACAGACAGAAAGCCAGUGAAGAGACAUGGUAACUGCACUAAAAAUACCCACUUUUCUGAUCUCAGUACUUAAGCACCAACAAUCUGAAUUAGCUGCAGCUCUCUGAUUAGCCUUUUAGACCAACCAGUAAGUACGCUGUAAUCAUGUCUACUAACGAGAAAUAGAUGGACCAGCUCUUUAAAAGGACUCUGGAACAUUAACCCUUUGGGUUUUUAUAUAAGUUUGAGAUGAUGGCAGGAAGACGUUAAAAAAUCCUUUGGAUCUUGCUGUUGACAUUUAUGUUUGAGUUCAUCCACAACUACAAUGUCCAGUUGUUUACUUGUUCAGGGAACUCAGUGGUUUCUAGCAGGAGAUUGCAAUUCAUGCUGGAAUUAAGGUAGAAUGCUGCAUGCUUUUUAUCAGUGGUUUCUGUCUGACUUUGGUCAAACUUUAGUUUAGGCCUGGCAGGAAGUUCAGCCUACCUUCCAAGCUCUUUGUUGGAACUUAGUUGUGACCUUCUUGGGAUCUUUGUUUGUAUUUGUAGUUGCUUUAAACUUCUGCUUUGUUGAAUUUUAUAUUGCAAUGCGAACUUCCAUAAAUGAUCAGAACUAUGGGAAUUUUGGAGUGUACCUUGGUGGUGUUGAUAAGGAACACGACGCGUAAAACAUGUUUCAGAUAUCUCCCUUUUUAAAUCCAGUACCUGGGGGUUGUAACUCUCUCAGGCUCAAAAUAAGUUUUGAUAAAAGGACGAACAACUAAGUCCUUCAGGGGUACUUCUGAGUAAAAAAAUGCUCAUGAAAUACGUAUGUGGAGUAACCAGGUAGGUAGGUUUUAACGUUGCAAAUCUGCAACGCCUGCCUCCAGAAGAUUAAACUGGUGACGCACUAUCAUGUCAGCUUACACUUACUGGUUGUUUCAGGUCAUGGUAAGAUAAUUAUGCCAACUUUUGACCCGAUAUUCCCCUUCUGACAAUCUUAAAAAGACAAUGUGUAGUUUUACCAUUAAUUUCUGAAAUGAUAUCCAUCAAAACGUUGUUGAAAAUGAAUGAAAUGAUGCCCAGUUGAAAAAUAUUGGCGGCUUUGUAACAUAUAACCAUAAAAAUCAGGGCUAAAAUACAUGGGAGCGGGUCUAAGUUUCUGGACGAUGCCAUAUUAGAUGCCAUGUUUCCUUCUACGGGAGCCCAUGAGGACAAAAAUAUUUACUGAUUUGUAACACACGAUCAAAAAACUUUAGCCAUUCUUAAAUGUUGUUGUUUUACACAUUUACCUCUUCACUUGUUGCCACUGAUGAAAGGGAGUCUGAUGUGCUUGUUAAUUUGCUGAAAUUUGCACCUGGGGCUUUUUACCCUAAUGGGCAUCCAUUGGUAAGGUCUUACUCCAACACAAAAAUACUGCUUGCUUGCAACAAUUUAGGUAUGUACUGCCCCCUAUCGCCAGGAAAAACACACACUGUCACUUUAAGGAUGUACCCGAUUACCGCAAUGGCUCUAUACAUAAUUUUAUCAGAUAUUCCUGCCAUGUGUGGUGUGAUAAGAUUGCUCUGGUCUAGGGCUGCAGCUAUCGAAUAUUUUUGUAAUCGAGUACUCUAUCGAAUAUUUUUGUCGAUUAAUCGAGUACUCUAAUAAAUUACCCUUUUGUGUUUGUAAACCAUUAUAUCAAAUAGCAUGUUAUAAUUAUGAAAGACCUCUUAAAAUGAGCCAGCAGUUGCCAGUUAUUCUUCAAGUUUUUUUCAAAAUUAGUUUGCAAAACUUCAGCACUUCAACUUUACUUCACAGUAAACAAAUGCCUGUGCAAAAAAUAAGUACACAACCUGAGCCGAUUUUCCCCUCGUGCGAGAAUCUGCUAGCCUGCAAGCCAGAGGAUAACUGUUGACGUAGCGCUGCGGGCGGCUGCGGCCCAAACAGAACCAGAACUGCUCACGGCGCAUGCGCAAACAGCUCGCCGGCUGUUUCCCUAUUAACACACGUCCGUUUUAAUUUCAACACUUUUUUUUCUCACACAAUAACAAGGAUUGUCGAGAAAGCAUGUUUGCCGUGGUUUUGUCAAAUUAUACUGAUCACAAAACAUUUAUUUACUUUCUUUCGUUUUCCUCUCAUAAAUACCAGUCCUCCUGCAGCAAUCACGAGGGACAACAAAUAUCAAUAACAACACAGUAAAAGUCCGACGUUUUGUGUAAAAAUGCUAUUUUUUAGCACAUUUUAAGUCCGACGUGUUUCUACCAGACGUACGGUGUGAGCUGAAACUUGAGUGCUACAAACGAAAAAGUCGCACAGUGUCCGCAGAAUAUAUAGAAAUACAGGCUAAAAAGCAUUAUCUUGUAGAGGCUCCGAGUUCGCUUGCAGAAGUGACAUUUACAGCUGCUGCAGCACGGAGGAUGUGGUGUUGUGGUAGGCUAAAUCCAUUUUACAGUAUUUUCACUGGACUACAAUUUCCACCUUACGACGUGAAAAAUGGUCCCACAUCUUGACAUUUUCUGUCUUUUUCGCACUCCACCGGGGUCCACGAUGUCCGCCAUAGCUUAAGAGAAAGUUAAGUUACAUUCCCUACUCGCGUGUGCGAUUCAGUCCAGUGGGCAUGUGCGUCACUUAUUUCAGUCCGGGUGAAACAUGACCACGGGCGACUGCAAAGCCAUGAAUUAAUUAAAUAUGAAUUAAACGAAUCCUCGAGGCAGAGAAUUUGACUCGAGGAUUUUUUGUACUCGAAUUAUUCGAGGUACUCGAGGAAUCGUUUCAGCCCUACUCUGGUCUGCUCAGAAGAACGUGGAGAACACUCCAAACAUACUUUGGGGAUAUUAGACAUGUAUGAUUUUCUUGGGUUUGAUUUCAAGGACAAACAAGAAUGCUGCCUGACGUAUAACCAAUCACAUUGACACGGCUGCUCACUGGGAUGAAAAAGAUGGAGCAUGUUACUCCUGUCUUGGGCUCACUGCACUGGCUGCCUGUUUGUUUUAGAAUCCAGUACAAGGUGCUUUUAUGGGCUUUUAAAUCUUUGCCUGGCCUUGCUCUAGAUUACCUCUCUGAGCUACUGGUUUUUUCACAAGCAUCUGGCUGCAGACAUCAGCAGGCGUCUUUGCCGUGACCGGAAAUGACGUAACCGGAAAAAUAAGACAUCGGGUCAUUACCUUCGCAGGAAGUCAUUACCUUUGCCGGAAGUAGUUUGGAUUUGACGAGGAAAACCAUACCGUGUCGUUUUUCUGUUCGAUAUGUAUGUAAACAUAUACAUAUCGAAGAGAAAAAUUAUACGGUGGGUCAUUACCUUAACCAGAAGUCAUUACUUUCACAGGAAGUAGUUUUUUUUAAACAAAACUUACCGGAAAAAGCUUUUUAUUUUGGAUUUUUUUUCUCUCCAAAUCUGGACUGGCAAACUUUUAAAUAAUGUCGUUACCUACAUUGCAUGAAAAUUGAAUAUUAAGUCCCUUUGUCCUUCAGACAGGGAAUUUUUAUGACAGUAGCAUAUAUAUAUA